UACGGAUAUACAUUGUAUCUUGCCAUCGAAAUAUUUCUAUAAAAUGCUUCUUCCCCUUCCGUUUGGAUCCGUCCAUGUUUGCAAACACGUUUGUUUAUUUUAUGGACUGUAGUAAUUUUAUUUAUUGAUAAUCAAUAUUCAUGCGUAUGUUUACAUUACGGCAAACGACGCAGUAAUAUUGGUUUAUUUCGUUUUAAAUAUUUAAGAUAUGAAUAGGAAAAUCCAAGUUUCGGUUUGGGGUCUGGUAUGAAAAAGUGAUUAUAAUUUCAUUCAUGACCUACACUAGAUCAACGGAAUAUAGUCGGCAGUACUUGAACAGUUAAUCAGGGCAUCCAAAUAAAUAUCUAAUCCUUCAAUACCUGCGAAACCUUAACCACAGUUUCAAUAACGCCCAGAGCGGACAACGUAACCAAUGUUGAAAAACAAGACUAAAGAGGGAAGUGAAGGCUUAAGGGAAGGUACAAGUGUAGACGGUGAAGAUAACGAAACAAAGAUAUUAGGACUUAAAUACAAAUACGCUGAAGGGCAAUGGAGUCCCUUGAAUCCCGAGGGAAAGAAGCACUAUGGCAGAGAAUUCUUGUUACAGCUCCAACAUGAUUACAAUGCCAUUCAAAAGCCAUCUGGACUUCCCGAUAUUCCAGAAAUUAUGCUUGACAACGACAAGCCAUUGGGAAAGGAUGGAGAGAUGACUAGAGGAAAUUCUGGCGGCCAAGAGCUAAUAGAUUUCAUACCAAAAUAUGUGUGGGGUGGAGGGGACAAAAAGCUCACCUUUGGAAAACCAAGAUCAGAUCUACCAGAGUCUCAACCAGCACCUACAGAGUUCACAGUUUCGUCUGAAAAAGAUAUGGAGAAGAAAACUAAAGCUAUCCUUGAUAAAUACUUUGUUACUCCAAAUAUGAAGGUAGUGAUUCUGUCGGUUCAGAAGGUAUCUACCGAGAACCAUCCUCAUUUUGUAUACAAUGCCAUCAAUCACGUCCUCAAGAGAUCUUCACAAGCAAGAAAGCAGACUGGCCAUAUACUGCGCAAUCUAGUCAAACAAUCAGUUAUAUCUCUUGAUGAUUAUUUAAGAGGGUUGGUAGAAGUAUUGGAAUUUGCAGAAGAUUUAGAGAUAAGCAUUCCUAAGAUCUGGCAGUAUUAUGGAGAACUGAUAAACCCGAUGGCCCAAGAUAACAGUAUUUUUAGUUCAAUUAAACAAGCCGCCGCCCCGCUCAUUUUAGACAACAAGAAUGGAGUUCUCGCAGUUAAACUUUUUUAUGCUAGCCAAAAUGAGGUAUUGUACAAGAAGACACGAAGUAUAUUGAACAAGCUGACUCCACAGAAGUUCCAAACACUUGUCUCCCAGAUGCAGGCAUUGCCUAUAGACUCGGAAGAAAAAUUAAAGGGAGUCAUUAAUCUAGUCUUUGAAAAGGCGAUCAGUGAACCUAGUUACGGUGUAGCCUAUGCCAAUAUGUGUAGAUGUUUGUCAAUGGUAAGUAGAACAAAAUCUUGUGUCAAAGUUUAUUAGCGACGAGAGAAACUGAAUCAUUGACUGAAUGUCUUUUUGUUUUGUCUAUAUUUAAUGUAGGUAUAUUGCACUUUGAAUAAGCUCAACAUUGAUUUAUUCAAAUAACUUUGGUCAUCACAAUUGAAUUAUUUACUGUUUGUAAAAUGAAAGGCAUGUGUGGAUUUUGUUUGUGAUAUGUGGAAUCACCGAAUGUCGCUACUGACAUUCAGAUAAAUAUUGAAUAGGUUGUAAAGGGUAAAAUAAUUGUAAAAUAAUCCAGACUUUAAUAGAGAAAUGAAUAAAUUACCGUUAGAUACAGUGGCGCUCGCGAUAAAUUUCCGUGCAAUCUCGUUUAUUCACGCGCGUGUCA